AUGGCCUCCCGUUACCUUGUCUCUGGUCUUCCCCGGUCCCUCCCUCCCCUCCCUCCAGGGUCUGCCCCUACUUGCGUUCCCUGCAUCGAGGGGCGGCAGCGCGCCGCUCCUCACUCCUCCGAGUUUCCUCCGACAGAGGCUCCACUGCAGACACGUCACCUGGACGUGUGGGGCCCCGCCCGCGUCCAUGGUCACGGUCACGAGCGUUACUUCCUGUUGGUGGUUGACGACGACUCGCGUUACACCAUGGUCUUCCCUUUGUGCAGCAAGGGUGAAGUCACUGAGGUGUUGAUCGGCUGGAUCCGCGCAACUCGUCUCCAGCUCAGAGAGAGUUUCGGCUCGGACUUUCUUAUUCUGCGUCUGCACUCUGACAGAGGCGGAGAGUUUUCCUCCGACCUUCUACGAGCCUUCUGGCGUGCACAGGGUAUCCGCCAGACGUUCACGCUUCCGGCCUCUCCACAGCAAAAUGGGAUUGUUGAGCACCGCAUUGGCAUGGUCAUGGACGUCGCUCGUACGUCCAUGAUCCAUGCGGCUACUCCCCAUUUUCUGUGGCCGUUCGCGGUUCAGUACGCGGCGCAUCAGAUCAACCUUCAGCCCGGGGUAGACGCAGUCGAGCCUGUCGAGGUAGCUGUUGACUCUGGUGCUCCUAGAGGUGCUGAGCCUGCGAGUGCGGGGUCUGGGGGUGCUGAGCCUGGGUGUGCUGAGUCUAGGGGUGCUGAGCCUGGGGGUGCUGAGUCUGGGGGUGCUGAGUCUGGGGGUGCUGAGCCUGGGGGUGCUGAGACUUGGGGUGCGGAGCCUGAGGGUGCUGGGCCUGCUCGUGUGGAGUCUGGCGGUACUGAGUCUGGUGGUCCUUUGGGUGCUUCGUCCCGGCGGGAGCUACUCUCUCCACACGAGCUGCGCGAGUGGUUUGCUCGGCGCUGGAGCCGUGCUGCUGGAGCUGGAGGUGCUGCUAGAGUUGGAGGUUCUACGGGUGCUCAGGGUGCUGGUGCCACGGGUCCCGGAGGUGCUCGUACUGGAGGUACUGGAGCUGCUGGGCCUGGGGGUGAUCCUUGUGCUGGAGGUGCUGACGGUGCUGGUGCAGGCGGUGCUUCAAGAGAAGGUGCUCCUGGAGGUGCUGGAGCGGGAGCUGCUGGGGGUGUUGGCGGUGGAGGUGCUACUGGCGCUGGUGCUUCUGAGGGUGCUGGAGUUGGCGGUGCUGCAGCUAGGGGUGCUACUGGUGUUGGUGGUGCCGCUGGGGGUGCUGGUGCUGUCCCUGCUGACUCUAGAGGCGCUACGCGGCCACGGCCGUACUUCGUCCCGCUCCUUGAGCAGGUUCUUCGUCUCCCGCCUUCUGCUGGUCCUGCUCCUUCCUUAGAGUGUCCGCCGCCUGUCCAGUCUGAGUCGCAGUUACUGCCCGCCUCCACAUUGCCUGCUCCUUCUCCCUACACUGGUCCUACUAGAGGUCUUGCUGACCGUCAGUCCUCUCUUCCUGCUCUUGCUGACCCAGAGAUUGACUCCCUUCGUGCUGCCAAUCCUACUGUCACGCGUCUCCUGGCUACUGCUGUCACUGACCCUUCCUUUGAGUCCACUGCUGCGUCUGCCUUAAAAGCUGAGCUUGUCGACUUUGCUGCUCACUGUUGUCUAGACUACGCUGCUAGUCUUGUUGCUGAGUCUGAUGGCAAUCAGCAGGCAGAGAUGGCUUUGUGGAAGUCCACAGGCACCUACGUGGACGAGGUUCCCCCACCUGGUGCGAACAUCAUCAGUGGCAUGUGGAUUUUCAGGGUGAAGCAGCCGCUGGGUUCUCCGCCUGUCUUCAAGGCACGUUACGUGGCUCGAGGUUUCAGUCAGCGGCAGGGAGUUGACUACUUUCAGACCUUCUCUCCCACCCUGAAGAUGACCACUCUUCGGGUGCUGCUGCACAUAGCUGCUCAACGCGACUACGAGCUUCACUCUCUUGACUUCAGCACUGCUUUCUUGCAGGGCAGCCUGCACGAGGAGAUCUGGCUGCGCCGCCCUCCUGGCUUCACUGGGUCGUUUCCUCCUGGUACCCAGUGGAGCCUCCGGCAGCCAGUCUACGGUCUCCGCAAGGCGCCCCGUGAGUGGCAUGACACACUGAGGACUACACUUGCGGCUCUUGGGUUUGCUCCUUCUACUGCCGACCCGUCGCUGUUUCUACGCACCGACACCUCUUUGCCGCCGUUCUACAUCCUCGUGUACGCUGAGGACUUGGUCUUUGCUACUGCUGACACUGCUGGACUCGCCCACGUGAAGUCCGAGCUGCAGAAGAGACACACGUGCACAGACCGGGGUGAACUGCGCAGCUACCUUAGCUUGCAGAUCACCCGGGACAGAGCACAGCGCACCAUUACCCUGACUCAGUCACACAUGGUGCAGCAGGUCCUUCAGCGCUUUGACUUCACGUACUCCUCGCCUCAGGCCACUCCUCUGUCUACUCGCCACUCGCUCUCAGCUUUGCCUUCGGAUGAGUCCGUAGAGCCGAGUGGCCCGUACCCAGAGCUUGAGACACUUGUUGCAGCGAAGAGGGUGUUGCGCUACUUGUGCAGUACGUUGGGCAUGGGGCUCGUGCUUGGAGGGCGGCGUUCAGUGGUCCUCACUGGUCACGCAGACGCUUCUUGGGCUGACGACCAGGCUACGCAGCGGUCGUCACAGGGUUACACCUUCAACCUUGGUUCCGGCUCUGUUUCGUGGCGGUCUACCCGCUCGUCUUCUGUUCUCGGCUCCAGCUGUGAGGCUGAGUUCUACGCGGGGGCCAUGGCUGGACAGGAGCUACGCUGGCUCACCUACCUGCUGACUGACCUAGGAGAGCCGCCUCGUUCUCCUCCAGUUCUGUACGUAGACAACAAGGCCAUGUUGGCCUUGUGUUAG